AUGCCAAUCCUACAAUUUGCGCCAUUUUCAUCCCUUGUGCAGCCGUCUUUGUGGCACAAGCUAUCAGAUCUCAAGAUCGAUGUUUUGAAGCUUUCUGACGUUGCCGUACCUAUAACCGGAUCUUAUUCUAUUGGAAGGACAGUGAUUGAUAGAGAAACUGGACAAGAGAUCACCCUGCCAUGCAAUCUAACAGUUGGAACAGAGUCUUUUGAUACCCAUUUCAAACCUCCACACGGUUCGGUGUCUGCCCAUGGUACUCUCAAGAACUAUAAUACCAUCGAGGAGUUCAAAGCAGCCGAUAAAACAGCACUGUUCAACCAAGAAGCCCAGCUGAUCUGGGAUCAUAUCCUAAAGACGCGUGAUACAAGCCAACUUAACAGAUUCUUUGUCAUUACGUUCGCUGAUCUCAAGAAAUACAAGUAUUAUUAUUGGUUCGCGUUCCCAGCUUUCGUCUCCAAACCAGCAUGGGAGAUACACGAAGAUGGGUGGAAGAACGCCGAGGAAGAGAUCGGUGGAGACACUCUCUCUUCCAUUCAUUCGCAAUUAAGAUCGCACAAUAACCCACUGCCAUACUUUCUCUUGAAGCAAAAUGAAGGCAACAUCGUGGUUUCACCAGUAGAGGAAUAUGAACAAUUUUACGCAUCCACCCCUCAUCAAGAGCGCACAAUUGGUUUCGUUGAUCCCUCUUCAGAUCCACACAAUCCUGGAUGGCCUCUAAGAAACCUUCUUGCGUACUUGCGUGCUUUGUAUCCCGAGGCUACGUCGACGAUUCGUAUAUUGCGCUGGCGUGAUACCGAAAUCCCAUCUCCCAAUUCAACCUGGAAAAGUCAAAUUGGACUUCUUACCGUCGAAGGCGCCGAGUCAAAGGCUGCAACAGAAACUACUCUUCGACCGUCUGCCGUGGGUUGGGAGAAGAAUCCCCAAGGGAAACUUGGACCUCGUGUAGCCGAUUUGGCACCCAUGAUGGACCCAUCAAGGCUGGCUUCUCAAGCUGUUGACUUGAAUUUAAAACUCAUGCGAUGGCGCAUUUUGCCUUCUCUUGACCUAGAUAAAAUCUCGUCAACUCGAUGCUUGCUUUUGGGGGCUGGCACACUCGGAUGUUAUGUAGCAAGGGCAUUAAUGGGUUGGGGUGUACGCACUAUUACAUUUGUUGAUUCAGGAAAGGUGUCGUUUUCAAAUCCAGUCCGACAACCGUUGUUCGAGUUUUCAGACUGCUUGGAGGGAGGAAAGCCCAAGGCAGAAGCUGCAGCCGAAGCAUUGAAAAGGAUAUUUCCUGGAAUUAAUGCCACCGGCCACACCAUUUCUAUACCUAUGCCAGGACACCCUAUUUCAUCAAAUGCUGCAUCUAUGGCGCAGGCUAUAGCAGAUGUCGCAAAAAUGGAAAAGUUGAUCGAUGACCACGACGCCGUCUUUCUUCUCAUGGACUCCAGAGAAAGCAGAUGGCUUCCUACUGUGAUCUCGGCGUCGAAAGGGAAGAUAGUGCUGAAUGCUGCUCUGGGGUUUGACUCUUACCUUGUCAUGCGGCAUGGCGCUCGCGCUUCUUCGCUAUCCAUAGGCAAGGACGGGAAACCCCACCAGAAAUUGGGGUGCUACUAUUGCAACGACAUCGUCGCCCCUGCUGAUUCCCUUACCGACCGGACCCUUGACCAAAUGUGCACUGUAACUAGACCAGGUUUGGCACCCAUUGCAGCAGCAACGGCCGUGGAGUUGCUUGCCUCUCUUCUUCAGCAUCCCGAUAGACUUUUCGCCCCAGCACCGCCCCCAAAUACCAACAAUUCGUCGAAUUCUGAACCUGACGAGGGAUUGAACGGCGUGCUGGGCGUAGUGCCUCAUCAAUUGCGUGGCUUCUUGGGUCAAUUUAAAACGAUGCCCCUUGUCGGUGCUGCGUAUGAUAGGUGUACGGGGUGUAGUGAAACGGUUUUGAAGGCAUACGAAACACGCGGUUUUUCCAUGCUUUUGGAAGCCUUUAACGAUGCGAAAUAUUUAGAAACGCUAACCGGGUUGGAUAAAUUGUACAGUGAAGGCGAUGAGCUUCUGGAGAGCGUUGAUUGGCACGGAGACGAUGAUGAGGAGGAUGAUUUCUGA